AUGAUCUCCGCCAACGCCAACAGCCCCGUUUACGGGCCCCUGUCCCGAAUUUGCGGGCCGGCCUCAGAACAUAAGCAAACUUGCGGGCCCCGCACCCGAGCAAAGUACACCCAGAACCAUGGCCUCCAGCCGAACUGUAUCUUGAUCCGCGCUACCGCCCCCGACGGCAACACCGACGGCGACAUCGGCCACUUCGAGCCCUUCCACUUGAACCAGUACGGCAACGAGAUGGCCGAGAUCAAGGAGCUGAAGCAGCGCCUCGGAUGGGCCCGUGCCAUGGAAGGCCAGACCACCGCCGCCGACGAUAAGAACCUCUCGCACAACGAGAUCGCCUCUCGCUGCAUCGGCCGCACCAGCCACGGCGAUGUCGCCGUCAUCCGCUCGGGCCCGGAGCAGUCGAACAACUAUUCGGAGAACUUCUCGCGCGAGGAGCUCCUGCGCACCUCCGAGUUCUACCAUCGCAAUGAUCCCCACGAGCAGUUUAAGAAGCAGGAGCGUGCACGCAUCAGCGCCAUGUUUGGCGGGAUCCCUGGGUUUGCGAAUAUCCCGCAUAUUGUGAUUUGA